AUGCCACGAGUCGCGGAACAAGACCGCAAGCGAGUGUAUCGUCCCAAGACGCGCACUGGCUGCCUGACCUGCAAGUAUGAACGACGCAUCAAGUGUGGUGAAGAGCAGCCAGCCUGUCUGCGAUGUACAUCGACUGGUCGCCAGUGUGAGGGAUAUAGAGAUCCCGCUGCGCCCUCACCCUGCCUACCGGCACGAUCGAACGGAUCUCCAAGACCGCUCAUCCCGCGGCCACUCAACCCAUUCCACCCGUUUGCCUGUGACCAAGAGCACCGUUCAUUCCAAUUCUUCCUCGAAAGGACUGUCCCACAGUUGGCGGGCGACUUCGAAUGCGCCUUUUGGGGACGCCUCCUGCUGCAGUCUGUGCACCACGAACCAGUCAUCCGCCAUGCCACCGUUGCCCUGGGCUCACUGCACGAGCGCUUCGAGAGUGAUGCAGCCCCUUUCCGCUCGGUCCAUGGCUCCUUUGCUCUCCGCCAGUACCUGCGUGCCAUGCGCUGUCUGAUGGCAACCCCACCAUCCCAACCCAUGGACGUAUGCUUGAUCUCGUGUAUCCUGUUUGGUUGUUUCGAGGCGAUGCGCGACCACUACGGCCCCGCCAUCACGCACAUCACCAGCGGACUGAAGAUCCUCAGCGAGCUCCGAACCCACCCGUCUAGCUGCACGGCUCUAUCCGUCGGCCGCACCCCAUACAUCCCGAUGGACAUCUUAUGCGGGCUGUUCACACGCCUCCAAGGCCAGAUCAUCGUCACCCGCCACACGGAGCUCCUAUACCAAAGCACCCCCACAGAGCCCCCUCCCACCGAAACCACCCCGGCGAUUGACCCCGCCAUCAUCCUGCGCGACACCGCCCUGAUCCUCCUCGCCCGGUGGUCCACCGCCCUGGACACCUUCCUCCACGAGCGCACCACCACCCUCACCCCCCGCGAACGCCGCGCCGCCGCCGUCCUCCAACUCCGCAAGAUCGACUGCGUCGUGGCGCUCGAUAUCCUCCAAGCGGCUGGGGAAGCGGCAGCCGGGCACCGCGUGCAAUGGGACAAGUACUGUCCGUUUUUCGAACAGAUGGUUGUCCUCGGCGAGUCAAUUAUCACCUCUGCCCCUAUGCCACCGAAAAAGACCUUUUCACUGGACCUCAGUAUCAUCGCAGCGAUCUUCAACGUCGCGGUGCGAUGUCGCGAUCCGCUAAUCCGCCGACGUGCCGUGGGUGUCCUCCGCGCGUCUGCCAUCCAGGAGGGCGUAUGGAAUAGUGUAGUGGUGGCAGCGAUUGCAGAGAAAUGGAUCGAGAUUGAAGAGGAGGGUUUAGGGGUGGUGAGGUGCUGUGCGGAUGUACCGGAGGCAGCGCGGUUAGCAGAUUUUCUGCCCGUGUUUGAUGUCGAGCAGCCCAGUGCGAUGGUGUAUUUCAGUCAUGCGUCGCCGAUGGAUUGGGGGAGGGCGCGGCGGGAGGUUUUUACCUGGUGA